GACGUCAUAGAACGGGUUUCGUUCUAAUUGAUUUACCCAUGUGUUGCUGUUUUGUUUCUGUGUUUUGGUUAAUGUUUAGACGAAGAUGGUGCUUACAGUUGGCAGACGUUUACAUAUAUUGAAUGAAUAUUCCUCGCGUUGUUUAAAGCAGGUUAGAAGAAGUCAUGCCACUGAAACAUUCAAAUGGUCACAUCGUGUGUUUUCUGGCAUCCAGCCUACAGGGUCAAUGCAUUUAGGAAACUAUUUUGGUGCUGUUCAGAAAUGGGUUGAAAUGCAGAAUGCUGGGGAAUCCGUGAUUUAUAGUAUUGCAGAUUUACAUUCAAUUACACUUCCUCAAGACCCAAAACAUCUUCACUCAAACAUCCUUCAAAUUACAGCAACAUUAUUAGCCUGUGGUAUAGAUCCUGACAAGAGUAUACUUUUCCAGCAAUCACGAAUACCUGAACAUACUCAGUUGUGCUGGACACUUGGAUGCCUUACUACAAUGGCAAGGCUUGCACACAUUCCAACAUACAAAGAGAAGUCUGCAACAGUGAAAGAAGUACCUUUGGGUUUGUAUGUAUAUCCGGUUCUGCAGGCUGCUGAUAUAUUACUUUAUAGAGCAACCCAUGUUCCAGUAGGAGAAGACCAGACACAUAAUUUGGAAUUGGUGCAGCAUUUAGCCAAAAUUUUUAACAACCGUUAUGGGCACACUUUUCCCAUACCAAAAGCAGUAGUUGCAGAUUCUUCCAUUAGCAGACUGAAGAGUUUACGUGAUCCAUCUAAAAAAAUGUCAAAAUCUGAGCAAGAUCCCAAAAGUCGUAUAGAAAUCACAGAUACACCUGAUGACAUACUUGAAAAGUGUAAGAAAGCUUUGACAGAUUUCACUUCGGAAAUUACCUUUGAUCCAGAGAAACGUCCUGGUGUUGCCAACCUAAUAACAAUCCAUUCUCUCUUUACUGGUCUGGAUCCAGCAGAGAUCUGUGAGCAGAAUAUAGGGCUGGAUACUGGCAGAUAUAAGCUUGUUGUGGCUGAAGUUAUUCAAGAAAAGCUUGAACCUCUUCGACAACAGGUUCAACAAUAUAUGUCUGAACCACAAUAUAUAGAAGAAGUUUUAAAUAGAGGAGCAGACAAAGCAUCGGUAAUAGCACAACAAACCUGGCUAGAUGUGAAAACAAAAGUAGGGCUUCAAAUUAACGAAGGUUCAUACAGAUGUCUUCAGGUGUCAGAGAAAAGAGUGAUGUGAAGUUGAGAAUAAACAUGGGUAUAAUUGAUGCAGAACAGGGAAAUUAAAGCCUUUCAUUGUAAUUCAUGUAUCCAGGUUGUAUCACUUAACCUUUCAGCUGUUAAGCUACACAGUUGUGAUACUUCUUAUAGACCAGCCUUCUUUUGGCAAUUUAUACUAGCACAAGAUUUUAACGAGACACCUUUUUCCGCACAUCUCUGCUUUCCUAAUUUCUUCUACUCUCUUCAUGUUCUGUUACCAGUUCCAUCUUUCACAUCCCUCUCACAUCGUAUGUCCAACCCACUUUGGUGUUCUGUUUCUAGUGAAUACAGUCCAACUGUUGUGGAAUAAAGUUGUGUGAAGAAGUAAAACACUCAGCAAGAUCUAGUAAGCUCAUCACCAUUUAGAGUACAAAAGCACUGCUUAACUGGGAAAAGAGAGAAGUCUGAAAGGGUUCUUGUUACCUAGGAUGGUUAUUCUGCAACUGUCAAGUAAGUUCUGUUGUCAUGUAUUUCUAGGACAGCUGUUUAGUGUUAAUCCUAUAUUGCAACUGGGACCGACAGAUAACCCAAUGGGUGAAAGGUGCAUACAAGACGAAUCAGCCACACACAUCCCAUGCGAUUGUGAGGCCAUAGCUUGCUUAAGAUUUUGUCACCUGGGUCAGUUAUUCAUGUAAAUUUUAUGCAAAGCCAUAAAGAAUGAAUUUUGAAAACAAGUAUUCCAGUACCAGCACAUGGUAAACUGGUGUGUCAUGCUACAGGUCCUACUGCUGAAUUGGCAGAAUUCUUAUAAGACUAUGAUUAGUGAAAAUGGCAAAUCUUUGGCUGCUGCUAGAAACAGCUUCCAAAUAUGGUGAUAAGUAGGACUUUCACCUUAUCCAGAAAAAUAUCACUUAAUUCAUUGGAAUUGUGUGGUUAGCAGUCAGGGAUAACGGCAUUAGUAACAAAGCUGCUGGAUUGCAGGAAUGUGCUGUUACAAUAGUGCAACGAAGCUGAUAAAGGUUAAUGUACCCCCUCCCC